AUGCUCACUUCACUCCCAUAUACUAUUCUUGAUCAAGUCAUCCAGUUAUUGGACAGAGAUGACGUCGGUAAUUGUCGACAGGUCAACCGAGGCUUACGAAGAUUUAUCGACACAAAUCGACAUCACUAUCCCUUGCCUCCAAUAACUUUAGAAAUUUCGAUUGACGGCAUUUUUCGCACGGGCGUCAAAAUCACCAAAACUUCCGAUUGGACGGGUGCUAAACAAAUCGUGAUACUCUCCCAAAUGCGUGAUCUAAACAUUGACUCUAUGUGGAAAGAGUUUCUACGGAUGGUUGGAAUUGACGAGGGAGAGCUCGAAGACGAGGAAAACGACACCGAUGAAGAAGAAUCUCAACCGGAAGCCGGCCAAUCCGCAGAGCCAAAAAGAAACGCAGGAAAUGCGCUAAUUUUUGCCCAAUUCUUUGGCGAUGAUGACGAUAAGAAGCCGAAAUUAUUGAAUGUUUCAUCAAUUUCAGAUUCAAUCGGAUCGCUUUUUACGGGGAUUUUCUCGCGUUUUUUCGUCACAACACUGAAAAUCAGUGAAGUACCGGAUGAAAUAUUCGCGGGAAUAGUGCUGGCAGAGGUGCAGAAAGUUCGGCAACUCGUUUCUCGACUUGAAAUUGAGAUGCGGGAUUCGCAGGAAAUAGGCUCGAUCCUGGAGUUGAUUUCUUACACUCGACCCUACGAGUUGAAGUUCCAGGCGAUUGAGAUUCGGGACAUAGAAAAGGUUCUCACACUGCCAAUUGUGGCCGAGUGCUCGAGUAUAGAUUUUGACCUGGAUACUGACGACAUUCCGACGGCCACGAGGACCGAGGUUUUUCUGCAGCUUAAAUGCGCUCAUUUGAAUUUGCCAAUCACUACAACCUUGGACUCGACGACGCUGAAUUUUAUUCUAAAGGAAUGGGUGACCAAAAAGCGUGAUUUUAAAGACCUCGAGGCAUGGGAGCUGUUUGGGACGGCGAACUUCGACCCGGCCAUUGUAUUCGAUGGCGUACCAUGCCAAAAAUACACUGCCAGGAGCCCGAGAGCUUCUAUGCCGUCAACAAUAUAUUACAAGAUAUCCCGUGGCUACGAGUUCUUGACAGUGUUCGUCAAGGGAACGGCGCUGUUGAUCAAUCAUCCUAUAGAAUAUAUGUUGUCCAUCGGGGCCAUGUUUCCGGGA